ACAGAGGCUUAUCCGGUUCAAAUAAUAUAUUUAAUGUUAUUAUGUGCAAGUAGAGAUGUGAUAGGUCGACGUAUUAGACCACACCUCCUGGUUAGUGGAGGGUCUCUCAGUUGGACCAGUACAAAUAACAGAUCACUUCUCCUGCAAGCUCCAGACCUGCAGCCUCCUCGGGUCCUUCUACAGGCAACAGGUGGGUUGUAGAGAUUUACUCUGUAAUAUUUUUUAUUAUCUAGAGCUCAACGUUUUAGUUUUUUUUUUUUUUGUAAUAUCAAACUAGACUGUUAGAUGUUUCUCUCAACCUUUAAAUCGAGCCUGAUUUAUUUUAAAUAGGCUAAAGCUAAACUGAAACGGAUACAGAAAAGUGAGGAGGAAACGAUUUUUCUAAGUUUUGCAAAAUUAAAAAAAUAAAAAUAAAUCUUAAAUUAUGUUUCGUUUGUACUGUAGGUUACACAUUAUUGUGGUUUCAUAUUUUAAAGUAGAAAUGUAUUUCAGUUCACUUUAAUAAAAAUAGUCAGAAAAAAAGCAGUUUAUUGUAUGUAUUAUUUAGAUCCAUAUUUGUGCAAAACCCCAAGUUUUUAUUGUUUAUUGUUACAUCUCUAAGAAUCCCAGGCAGAAAUAGAUUAAUUUCUUACAAAGCAUGCAUCAUAUAAUAAAUAAUCAUGUUUUUUCUUCACUGCUGUCUUUUUUUUUUUUUAACCCAACAAGCAUGAAUCCAAGUAUUUGGAGCAAAGGUAUGUAUUCUCCCAGCAACAUUUGCCUCGACGGCUGCACUGCAGAGCAUCUCUCCUCCUUUCAACCUGACCCAUUGCCGCCAGAUUCAGACGCGUCAGGCGCUUCUGUGACCUUACACAAAGACAGUGAGAAAAUAAACAUGCUACCGGAGAGUGCUUAUUACAGCAGAGGUGAUGCUGGUUCAAGUUUGAUUUGUUCCAAUCAGCUGGAGCUCAAUCCAUCCAGAGAUGCAGUACUUUUAUCCACAAAAAGGCAUCCAUCCAGUUCUUGUGGUCACCACGACUGGAACUUAAACAGUGGCCAUCAAGCAAAACGUGCCAGAGUAGAAAAUAUCAUCAAAGGCAUGACCGGCUCCCCUGGUAUGCACUGCACAGAUGUGACGACAAAUCAGCAUGAGGUGUCAGACGGCAUGCAGGAAAAUGAAAGGACUCAAGAACUUCCUUUACAUCAGGAGAGAAGCGGAUCUGGCAGUAUGAGAAAGCAGCUUGAGAGUCAGCAUGAGCACCUCAGACAGCUCAGAACAAGGUUCAACCACAUGGACGGAAUAACUGACCCCACCGACAGUAGUAACGAAGAUAAAUAUCCCCACUGGGACAAUUCUACUGAAACAUCUCUGAGGGACGCUUGUACGGAUUCAUUCGGCGAGUUCGAGAGCAGCUCAAGUAGAAAAUAUCAAGGAUGGAAGAAGGUGAAGCUGAUGAGCUACUUCCAGUCCAAACCCGAGAGAAUAAGGCUAAUGGCGGAUGUUUUAAAGUACGAACUGUCCAGAGCUGUCAGCAAGAGUGUCGACUCUAUUUUCAAAAGCAUGCCGCUUCUGCAGACUUCGCCAGACGACGAGGGGAAUGUAGAGAGCGAUAGUUCCCUUCAGUCAUCGGUUUGCAAAGACAAUAAAGUCAGACUUUUGUGUCGUGGGACUGAAGAGGUGCAAGUCCCAGACGUUCAAACUGAAGCUCUGUCUCUGGUUGUGCAAAAGCCUCGACUGGACAGAGCUGACAAGUUCAUCCUGCAGUCCAGAUCAAGAGCUCACCGUCGUCCCAAAUCUCAGACCCCCUUCGGUUAUGACUCCGCUCUGAGUGAAGAAGAGCCGUCAGAGAAGAACACAGCGCGUCAACACGCCCUCAGGUGCUUGCAAGAUGGAUGCUCUGACGUUGAUCAGGCCAAGUACGAGACGUUUGACACUCAUUGGAAUUCGGUCAAAGUGAGAUCGAAGGUCAACUCCAGAUCAGUCAGAAGCCCACAGACUCGUUCUGUGUCAGUGGAUCCUCUGCUUUUGCAAAGCCUGUGUCUCCCUCAUGUCAAGAUCGAGUCCGAUAGCCUGGUGAAGAAUAACCUGUACAUGCUGAACGAAGGUCUGACCACAAAUCAUCUGAAGAAAGCAAAGCUUAUGUUCUUCUACACUCGCUACCCGAGCUCACUGGUACUGAAGAUGUGUUUCCAUGAUGUGCAGUUCACGCGCUGCAUCACCUCUCAGCUCAUCAAGUGGUUCAGUAACUUCAGGGAGUUUUACUACAUCCAGAUGGAGAAGUUUGCCCGACACGCUCUCAUAGAAGGAGUGGCCGAUGUGAGGGGUCUGACUGUGGGGAGAGAAUCAGAACUUUUCAGAGCUCUCAACAUGCACUACAACAAAGCCAACGACUUCCAGGUCCCUGACAGAUUCCUGGAAGUUGUCGAGGUCACACUGAGAGAAUUUUACAUCGCAAUUUCAGUGGGCAAGGAUCGUGAUCCAUCGUGGAAGAAAGCGAUAUACAAGGUGAUUUGUAAACUGGACAGUGACGUACCAGCUGAAUUCAAAAGUCAUCACUCUGGAUGAGAACCAAGCAGAAGUCAUCAUGUGCCACAGUGGUUACUGUCACAAUGUGGACUUACUCGUGCCUUGAUUAGCAAACUAUUUUGUGUUUAAUGAAGAGCAUGCUCUAUUGUAAAAUAGGUAAGUGAAGUCAAUGCCUGCACAUUUACAAUCUCUCUCUAUAUAUGGCAGACUGGUGGCAAAGGCAUCAUGAAGUAGUUGGACAUAUGUAUUUUGCUAUAUCAGUCGUAUUAUAUAGCAAUAAUACAUAUUUUUUAUGAUUGUGAACGUUUUGCCGGUGAAAUGUCUUCAAGUCACAAAGUGCAACACGUUUUCUGAUUUUUGAGACGAUUUAUGUUUGAUAAGCACAAAAUAAGGUCCACAACACAUGAGAAAAAAAAAGUUUAAUAUUCAGCAGAGCUCAUUAUUACCAUUCAUAUGUACAGGAUAUAUAAAAUAGAAAUUACAUGAAUUUCAAAAUGACUGAUUCUGUAAAAUAUCUCUACUAUCUCACCCAUCCCUUACAAACAAAAACAGCAGUAUUUCUGGCCUUCUUCCAUACUUACCAUGAGGAUCCAUCCAUCCAAUGAUACACUGUGGCUGGCUGACCAAAUCAAACAUGGUCUUCAUCAGUGGUUCUGUGUGUUUGGUCAGAAUUGGUGAUCCUUGAUUUGUCUUCAGUUGUUGACAAUCCAGAUGUUACAUUUCUCAUGUGUGAAUAAUCCGGACCCAUUGCUUCACAAGUGCAAAAUUUGUAAAUGUAAAAAGUGAAUACACCUGCUUACAUCACCAUAUAUUAACCAUGAGAACUCAGACACUCAGUGAAACUGAAUGUGGUUCCUUCUAAUACUUCUAAUAGAAAUCUGCACAUGGAAAUCUGAACUCAACAUUUCGUGAAACUCAAAUGCAGCAAGACAAUGUGUGCUAUUUUCUUUUAAAUCAUCUUAUAUAUUAAAUAUAUUUAAAACAUAUCGUACUAAAUACUCCCACCAUCUUUUUUUGACUUGUAGAUUGUCCACAGAAAUUUGAAGCCAGUUCUCAGUUUGUUUCAAAGUUUAACUGACUAGUAAAGGGACACUUUUUUUAUACACCAGUAAAGAAAAUACAAGCACUUAAUUAUGGCCUACAAUAAUGUGCAUUAGUGAUCACAUAUAAUAAUGAUCAGCUGAAUGUGGUUAUACUUUUAUAUUUUGACUUUGAAUGUAAAAAUGUGCAAAAAC